AUGGAAAGCCAAAAGUAUACUAAAGGAGUUGCCUCCUCCCCACUAACCCCACCUCCACAGCAUAGCUCAGCGUGCACAGCUAGAAUAACUACCGUACGCAAUAAUAGUGGUUGCAACCUCCUCUCCCUCCCUUCCCAUCUCCUCUCCUUCCCUUCCCAUCUCCUCUCCCUCCCUUCCCGCCUCCUCUCCCUCCCUUCCCUUCUCUUCUCCCUCACUUCCCAUCUCCCCCUUCUCCCUUCCCGUCCCUCCUUUCACAUCUCCCCUCACUCCCUUCCCGUCCCUCCCUUCCCAUCUCCACUCCCUCCUUUCUCGUCCCUCCUUUCACAUCUCCCCUCCCUUCCGAUCUCGCCUCCCUCCCUUCCCAUCUCCCCUCCCCCCCUUCCCAUCUCCCCUCCCUCCCUUCCCAUCUCCCCUCCCUCCCUUCUCAUCUCCUCUCCCUCCCUUCCCGUCCUUCCCUUCCCGUCCCUCCCUUCCCAUCUCCCCUCCCUCCCUUCACGUCGCUCCCUUCCCAUCUACCCUCCCUCCCUUCCCAUCUCCCCUCCCUCCCUUUUCAUCUCCUCUCCCUCCCUUCCCGUCCCUCCCUUCGCGUCCCUCCUUUCACAUCUCCCCUCCCUCCCUUCCCGUCGCUCCCUUCCCAUCUCCCCUCCCUCCGUUCGCAUCCCUCCUUUCACAUCUAACCCUCCCUCCCUUCCCGUCCCUCCCUCAAUCACCUAUUUUUCCCUCUGCUCACUCUCAUUCCCCCUUUGCUCAAUCUUCCCCCCCUCUCACUCACUCGCUUUCCCCCUUUGCUCAACCUUUUCCCCCGCGCUCGCUCGCUUUCCCUCACUCGCUUUCCCCCCUUCGCUCAACUUUUCUCCUCGCCACCUGCCUCGAGCUGCUGCCCGACGCUCGAGGUUACAAGGGGAGGCAACAUCGCGCGAUCGUCGCUUGUUGCGUGGCCCAUCGCGACCUCGCCCUGAUUCACAGGUUCCCCGCGUUCAUACCCAUCUCCUCUCCCUUCCAUCCCACCUCCCCACCCUGCCUGCCCAUCUCUCAUCCCUUCCUUCUCAUCCCCCCGCCCUUCCGUCCCAUCUCACCGCCCUGCCUUCCCAUCUCCCGUCCCUUCCUUCCCAUCUCCCCACUUUGCCUUCCCACCUCCCGACCCUUUCCUCCCUGCCCUCGCAUCUUCUUGUUAAACUGUUAUAUGUUGGCGGUGCUGGAGGGAGCGGUGGCGGGAGUGCUGGUGGGAGUGGGGUCGGCAGCGGAGGCGGGGGCGGCGGAGGGAGCAGUGGCGGUGGUGGCGGCGGCGGCGGUGGCGGCGGUGGCGGUGGCGGCGGUGGCGGUCGGAGCGGAGGUAGUGGUGGCGGCGGAGGUCGGAGUGGAGGCACUGGCUCGGGCCAGAGCUCCCAGCAGCAGCAGCGUCCCCAGACGACCCAGCAGCUUCGUGAGUGGCUUGCUCAGCGUGGGACGUCGGGGGGCAGUGUCCGCUGUUCCUAUGUCAUUCGCACAGGUGACCGCAAGGGACAGACGUGUGGGAGGUUCCACCCGAUGCACUAG